GUAAUGUUUGCUGUAAUCUGUAUUUUUAAUUAUCUUUUGUAUUUAUGUCAUAAAAAGCAUUGCGGUAUAAAUAUAAAAAUUAAAAUAUUAUAAAUCCUAAUUUAAUCCUUUCUUUGCUACUUCCUUUAAUUUUUAAUAAAUAUGACGAGAUUUGCUCGUAGUAAAGGUUCUAAAGCUUCAAAUGAAAAAGCUCCGGAAGAUAGCACGCCCUGGGAGGUUAUGAAGGAACAGCUACUGCGUACGAAAAAAGAAAAAGAUGAAUAUAAAAAAAUAGAGGAGGCUGAAAAACAAAGGAUACAAAAUUAUGAAAACUUUUUAAAAGAGCAAAAGACUCAAAAACGUAAAGCCAUAUGGUGUGAUUUUCCAGAGACACAAGAAGGACAAAGUACACAAUCACCAACUAAGAAAAAAAAGAAGAACAAAAGUAAACAAAUAACUGAAAAUAAUGAUAAAAUUAUUGCAUAUAGUUCAAAUAAUAUUGUAGUAUCCGACUUACCAAUUCAGAAAGAAAAGAUAAAAAAGAAGAAUUUAACACAGAUUCACAAUGAAAAUAAAGAAACUGACACUGACAAAGAAAUACUUGAGGAGACUGUUAAUAACUCUUCUGGACAGGAAACACUUGCAGUAAAAAAGAAAAAAAAGAAUAAGAAAAACAAAACAAACCAGACAACUAUUCCUAGUUCAAAUCCACUAGAUAACAACCAAAAAUUGCAAACAGAAGAAAAGAAAGGUAAUAAUACACCCAAGCAGCCUCCUAAACAUAAGAAGAAAAAUAAAACAUUAGUGAAUGGCAAAGUUGUUAGACGCAAAGAUAUUAAUGAUAACAGUUUUCAACUUAUCAUCAAUGGUAAGGAGGUGGAAUUGGUUAGAGUUGAUGGAUUCCCUGUUAUGAAAAAAGAUGCUGAGCGUCUACAUGAACUUAAAGCUAACAUGUUGCAAAAAGGUAUACCAAAGAGUGAAAUACAGAGAACUAUGAAGUUGGAAAGGAGGCGAGCAGAGAAAGCUCUGGCAAGAUUAAAGAGAGAAGUUUGUUAUAAUUGUAGAAAAGGAGGACACAACUUGUCUGAUUGUCCAGACUUAAAAUCAAAAAUACCAGGUGUUGAUGCUCCUGAAGGGGUUUGUUUUAAAUGUGGCUCAACAGAACACAGGCAGUUUGAAUGCAAAGUGCAAAGGGAUAAAGAAUUCAGAUUUGCAACAUGCUUCAUAUGUAAAGAGCCAGGCCAUAUAGCAAGACAGUGCCCUGAUAAUCCAAAAGGUUUAUAUCCGAAUGGAGGCAGCUGUAAAUUAUGUGGUGAUGUCACACAUUUAAGAAAGGAUUGCCCUACUGUAAUGGAUAAGAAAGAGGAAAAAUCUAUUAAACUCCAAACUUUAGAUAGUGUAAAUGAUGUAGAAGGUAUUGGAUCACAAGGAAAUAAUACGGCAAGUUCUCUGGAGACAACUAAAAAAGUAAAGAAAAUUAGAUUUUAGGUAAUGAUGUAAUUUUGUAAUAAAUAUUAUAUUUGUUUA